GGCUUUGGAACUGCGAACAGCGACUUCUCCAGCUCUGCCAGGCGCUCUGUGACAGUUAUUAUUAUUUUUUUGGAUGAGCUGCACAUUUCCUGGUUCAGUGGCCCCGGGCUUUGCGAGCAGCUGACUGGUCUCCCAGGUCUGGCUCAGGAUCAGGUGAUGACGCAGAGACUGGGGUCUGUGACUUCCUUCAGAUAAAUCGUGAAGUCGGCGGCGAGUUUAGAGGAAACGGGUUCUUGAGAAGACAAUUCCAGGGCUCAGGCAGGCCUAGAACAAGGGCGCAAGGCGCACUCUCUGGCUUGGUGGCUCUCCAGCAGGGUCCGCUUCUAGGGAGGACAUUCUCUCGGAAGGUAUGCGAAAGCAGACCGGCUUGGAUUUGAGCUUGCUGCCUGCCUCAGGAAGGGCUCGGAUUUGCAGAGACUCAGUAUAUGAGAUGUUUGGGCUGCCUGGGGUCCUGCUCGCAUUUUCUGAUGCCAGCUCCAGGGGGAAAGUGAACUGGGACCACUGACCAGAUCACGUCUCAGCACUGCCUUCCUCUGAAGCUUCGCGGCUCAUCCUCUAGGAGGCGGGAAGAUCUGCCUGCACUGCAAGUGUCCCCAGGAGGAGCACAUGGUAACGGUGAUGCCACUGGAGAUGGAGAAGACCAUCAGCAAGCUCAUGUUUGACUUCCAGAGGAACUCCACCUCAGACGAUGACUCGGGCUGCGCUUUGGAAGAGUACGCCUGGGUGCCCCCGGGGCUAAAGCCGGAGCAGGUGCACCAGUACUAUAGCUGCCUCCCAGAAGAGAAAGUCCCCUAUGUCAACAGUCCUGGAGAGAAACUGCGAAUCAAGCAGCUAUUGCACCAGCUGCCGCCCCAUGACAAUGAGGUCCGGUACUGCAACUCCCUGGAUGAGGAGGAGAAGAGGGAGCUGAAGCUCUUCAGCAACCAGAGGAAACGCGAGAACUUGGGUCGCGGCAAUGUCAGGCCCUUCCCUGUCACCAUGACAGGAGCCAUCUGUGAACAGUGCGGAGGGCAGAUCAAGGGCGGGGACAUCGCUGUGUUUGCGUCACGUGCUGGCCAUGGCAUCUGCUGGCAUCCACCCUGCUUCAUAUGCACUGUCUGCAAUGAGCUUCUGGUUGACCUGAUCUACUUUUACCAAGAUGGGAAGAUCUACUGUGGGAGGCACCAUGCUGAGUGCCUGAAGCCUCGCUGUGCAGCCUGUGACGAGAUCAUCUUUGCGGACGAGUGUACGGAAGCUGAGGGGCGACACUGGCACAUGCGGCACUUCUGCUGCUUUGAGUGUGAGACUGUGCUGGGAGGCCAGCGCUACAUCAUGAAGGAAGGAAGACCAUACUGCUGCCACUGCUUUGAGUCCCUUUAUGCAGAAUAUUGUGAUACCUGUGCCCAACACAUAGGGAUUGACCAAGGUCAAAUGACCUAUGACGGCCAACACUGGCAUGCGACAGAGAGCUGUUUCUGCUGUGCUCAUUGUAAGAAGUCCCUCCUGGGACGACCCUUCCUCCCAAAGCAAGGUCAGAUAUUCUGCUCACGGGCCUGCAGUGCUGGGGAGGACCCCAAUGGCUCUGACUCAUCCGAUUCAGCCUUCCAGAAUGCCAGAGCCAAGGAGUCUCGCCGCAGUGCCAAAAUCGGCAAGAACAAGGGCAAAACCGAAGAGGCCAUGCUGAGCCAGCACAGCCAGCUGCAGGUGAGUUCUAACAGGCUCUCAGCUGAUGUGGACCCCCUGUCGGCACAGAUGGAUCUCCUCAGCCUGUCCAGCCAGACGCCCAGCCUCAACCGCGACCCCAUUUGGAGGAGCCGGGAUGAGCCCUUCCACUACGGGAACAAGAUGGAGCAGAACCCAUCCCAGAGCCCUUUACAGCUCCUCAGCCAGUGCAACAUCAGAACUUCCUACAGUCCAGGAGGGCAGGGAGCAGGAGCCCAGCCUGACAUGUGGGCCAAGCACUUCAGCAACCCCAAGAGAAGCUCAUCGAUGGCCAUGAAGGGGCACGGCGGCAGCUUUAUCAAGGAAUGCCGUGAGGACUAUUACCCAGGGAGGCUGAUGUCCCAGGAGAGCUACAGCGAUAUGUCCAGCCAAAGCUUUAGUGAAACCCGAGGCAGCAUCCCUGUUCCCAAGUAUGAGGAGGAGGAGGAGGAGGAAGAGGAAGGUGGCAUGUCUACUCAGCAAUGCCGUCCCCGUCGUCCACUCAGUUCCCUGAAAUACACAGAGGACAUGACACCCACUGAACAGACUCCUCGUGGCUCUAUGGAAUCACUGGCCCUGUCAAAUGCAACAGGCUUGUCUGCUGAAGGUGGUGCCAAGCGCCAGGAGCACCUAUCCCGGUUUUCCAUGCCUGACCUCAGCAAAGACUCCGGAAUGAAUGUCUCGGAAAAGCUGAGCAACAUGGGCACGCUCAACUCCUCCAUGCAAUUCAGGAGCGCAGAGUCUGUUCGCAGCCUGCUGUCUGCACAGCAGUACCAGGAGAUGGAGGGCAACCUUCACCAGCUCAGCAAUCCCCUGGGGUACAGGGACCUGCAGUCCCAUGGAAGGAUGCACCAGAGCUUUGAUUUUGAUGGUGGCAUAGCGAGCAGCAAGCUGCCGGGCCAGGAAGGUGUGCACAUCCAGCCCAUGAGCGAGCGCACCCGGAGGAGAACUACUUCCAGGGAUGAGAACCGCCGCUUCCGCCCUCACCGGUCCAGAAGGUCCCGACGCUCACGCUCAGACAACGCCCUGCACCUAGCCAGCGAGCGGGAGGUCAUUGCUCGGUUGAAGGAAAGGCCCCCUCUGAGAGCCAGGGAGGACUAUGACCAGUUCAUGCGCCAACGGAGCUUCCAGGAGAGCCUGGGGCAGGGGUCCCGGCGGGAUCUGUACAGCCAGUGUCCCAGAACUGUGUCGGACUUGGCUUUGCAGAAUGCCUUUGGGGAACGAUGGGGACCCUACUUCACGGAGUAUGAUUGGUGCUCCACCUGCUCCUCCUCUUCAGAGUCUGACAACGAGGGCUACUUCCUAGGAGAACCCAUCCCCCAGCCAGCCCGCCUACGAUACGUCACAAGCGACGAGCUCCUGCACAAGUACAGCUCUUACGGUGUGCCCAAAUCCUCCACCUUAGGUGGUAGAGGACAGUUGCACAGCAGGAAAAGACAGAAGAGCAAAAACUGUAUCAUUUCGUAAUGUGAUUGCGGUCAGGGAACGGGGGGAGGGCAGAUGGAAGUUAAGAAUGUAAACUCAGAAACGUGCACUGUUGUGAAUUCUCAAGUGCUCUUGGGGAUGGUUUGUGGGGGAGAGGUGGAGAAUGCUCUCAGUAGAGGGAGGCAAGGCUGCAGGUUGACUUGGUAGAUACACUUGGUGUCACAGUUUUGGGCAUGUUAAAUAUGAUUUGCACCUUUCACUUUGGAAACAUAGGCUGUAGAGGCCAGGGUAGGUCAUGUCCUUCCAAAGUGGAGUGGCCGUCCACUAGAUGACACUUGUAACCUGCUCACUUAUAUUCUUUCUGGUUCUCUUCCUUUUAGGACCCCUUUUCCAGUAAAUACUUUAUUAGCCAGGACCCCAGACUAAGUUAUUUACAUGUCCAUUGUAAAUGCAAUGUAAAUGAGAGUUCUGAUAAAAAAAUAUUUUUGUAUUUUGUAAUAACAGAAUUUCUAUAUCGUACGAUUCCAUGGGGACUUGCAUGCAUGUCCACCCUUAUCUUUGAGUGGUAGUAAA